GUUAAUGAAUCAUCGACAUAAAACUGAACUUUCAGAUAGGCAUCUAAACUAUGAUAUCAAUUAUGAUAGCAUCAUCAUAGAAAAUGACUAAGAAUAAAAAAAUAAAAAUCCACAAGCUCUUUUAAGUCUUGAAUUUUAUGGAAAAUCAAAUCCAAAUCAAUCUACUAAAUUGUUCAACAACUUCAAACAUGCUUAGAGAAUUAAUCAUUAAUCUCUUAAAAAAACAUAAGCAAUUUAAAGUCCAACCUUUAAUUAAAAAAUUUAGAGUCCAACCUUUAAUUCUAAGUAAAACCAAACAAUCCCAUAAUCUCCUACUAGCUUUUUAAUUAAGUCAUAUAAUUUGAAAUUAAAUUCUCAUACUACCUCUAAACCGAGUUUGCAUACACCUAGUACAAGAACUCAAGGGAGCUAGUUAGAAUCAUAAACUCCUUUUGAUAUUAAGACUUAAAUAACAAAAAUAAAGUUAAUAUUAAGUUCUAAUAAUCCUAAAAAGUAUCAACUAGACUUUAGUAAAUUUAAAAAAUCCAUAUAUUGA